AUGGCGAGCUGGCUCACGUACCCACUACAACUGACGGGUAGUCGCGACUUUACCUGCGACGGUUUUACUGAACAGCAAUGUAGCUACUACAUGCAAAAAUGGCACUUCUGGUACAUCGCUGACUACGUUUACGCUUUGCCAACCAUAGCCUUCUUCUUGAGUGGGCUUGGAAUGUUCAUCAUCGGAAACCUUAUAUCAUCACAAAUGUUGGGGUAUCGCAAGUUUAGAGGACCUCUCGUCUGGCAGAAGUCUAUAGCCUUCAUUCGAUACCUGUCAUAUCGUGGCUUCCACAUCAAAACACUGCGAUGGAACUCGGCACCAGUCGGCGUCCUUCUACUUGGAGCUGUGGGUGCAGUAUACUUCUGUUGCAUGGACCUGGUACCACAGCCCUACUACUGGUCGAGCGAAGACUUCGGCGGCUCACCACCACUAGGGACCAGAUCGGGCUGGAUGGCAUUGGCUUGUAUGCCUUUCGUCUUUGCGACGGCAAGCAAGACAAACUGGAUCACCCUCGCGACUGGAGUAUCCCAUGAGAAGAUUCAAGUUUUCCAUCGCUGGACUGCGUACGCGUUCUUCCUGCUUGCAUUGAUGCACACAUUCCCUUUUAUUGUAUAUCACAUCAGAUGGCACGACAUGGUGAUGCAAGUCACGAUGAUGAACACACUAUUCUACUGGACCGGCAUUGUUGCACUUGUUUUUCAGGCCUGGCUCACGUUCGCCUCACACAGUGUGAUGAGGCGGAUGGGUUACGAGUUCUUUAAAGCCACGCACUUCACUGCAGUCGUUGUCUUUGUGGUCGUAUUCUUCUGGCAUUGCGACUAUACGCUCACUUCCUGGCACUACUUCAUUGCAACAGCUGCGAUAUACGUCCCGUGCUUCGUUUAUCCGUGGCUUCGCACCGCGUUCGAAUACGGGUUCACUCAAAAGGCAUUCGUGGAAAUCGAGGGCAAUGGUUUCAUACGCCUUACCGUCCCAUCGGUUAACAUGCGAUGGAAGCCAGGGCAGCAUUGUUUCCUACGGUUCACGAGUUUUGGUCUACAGGCUUUCUCUUCUCAUCCUUUCACUAUUUGCUCUCUGCCUUCCACACAGUCGAGUGAGAAGUCCGAGCUGGUAUUCUACAUACGGCAUUCGCAUGGCUUGACGAAGAAGCUCUAUGAACAUGCUCAGGAGCAUCCAGAAAUCUCUCUGCCUAUCCUGGUCGAUGGCCCAUAUGGUGGUAUCAACAUGCAAAGAUUGAACGAUGCAGAUCGCUUGCUCGUCAUCGCAGGUGGAUCAGGCGCGGGCUGGAUACUUCCCUUUCUCGAGCUCUUCUGUAGGCAGCGAAGCACUACAAGCAUGGCUGACAUGUCGACCGGAAGCAAUGUUUCGCCCAGCGACGAAGAGAAGCAAUCUGGCGUUGAGCAUUGCCGCAAGCUACGCGUCGUCCUGGCUACUCGCGAUAUCGCUAAUCGCACUUGGUUUCUGGAAACGAUUGCUGAACUCUUCGCCAUGUACUCUCCACAAUUGAAGCCCAGCGACAUCGAUAUCGAAAUCCAUUUGACUGAUAAAGCAGAGCGGAUGGUCGUUGCCGCAGGUACGAGAGGUUACGAAUCGGUUUCCACCUCAUCUUCAGCAGGCAACAUUGAGGUGGAGGCCAAAAGCGACCAGGUUACAGUGCCAACGGAAGAGCUUGCUGGUCGGCCAAACUUGCCCCAUGUCAUACAGAAGCAGACUGAACUGACAAGAGCACAUGAUGAGUCUUUGAGCGUGUACGUCUGCGGGCCGAUUACUAUGCAGAAUGACGUUAGAAAUGCAGUUGCGAAGGAAAAUCUGGCAAUACUCAAGGGUGUGAGGUCCGGCGGUGUAUACCUGCAUUCGGAACACUUCUCGUGGGCUUGA